AGCCCGAUUCUAGGUGUCUAGCAACAGCUUUCAGCCCAGACAGCUGGCGGCGGCAACUGGAACGCGAUUUUGUUUUUUAAAAAAAAACAGUAUUCGCUGCCGGUUAUUCACAGUUAUCAGUCGCUAAGCGGAAAACAGUGAGGAAAAUAACUCUGACAUCUCCUCAGAGAUUAUGAGCGGCAGCGGGCGGCCCAGGACCAGCUCGUUUGCUGAGCCGCCAGGUGUUCCAGGAGCCCUCGCAGCCUCCGCCGGAUCAGCCGCUGCCGUGGGGAGCAGCACAGGAAAGUCCGGGGUCCCGCAGGCCUCCGGCAGCAGCUCGUCGGGAUGCUCGAACCUCAAGCUUUCCAGAGACCUUGGGAAGGUGACGACAGUGGUGGCCACGCCGGGUCAGGGUCCAGACCGCCCGCAGGAAGUCUCCUACACCGACAUCAAGGUUAUUGGAAAUGGAUCGUUUGGAGUCGUGUACCAGGCUCGGCUCAUCGACAGCCAUGAGAUGGUGGCCAUUAAGAAGGUUCUGCAGGAUAAGAGGUUUAAGAACCGGGAGCUGCAGAUCAUGAGGAAGCUGGACCACUGCAACAUCGUCCGCCUUCGUUAUUUCUUCUACUCGAGUGGUGAAAAGAAAGAUGAGGUCUACCUCAACCUGGUGCUGGACUUUGUCCCUGAGAUGCUCUACAGGGUUGCCAGGCAUUUCAACAAAGCCAAGAGCAUCAUUCCCAUCAUUUAUGUGAAGGUGUACAUGUACCAGCUGUUUCGCAGCCUGGCCUACAUCCAUUCCCAGGGUGUUUGUCACAGAGACAUCAAGCCCCAAAACCUGCUGGUCGACCCAGAGACCGCCGUCCUGAAGCUCUGCGACUUCGGCAGCGCCAAGCAGCUGGUGCGUGGAGAACCCAACGUGUCGUACAUCUGCUCUCGGUACUACCGCGCCCCAGAGCUGAUCUUCGGCGCCACGGACUACACGGUGAACAUCGACAUCUGGUCGGCCGGCUGCGUUCUGGCAGAGCUCCUCCUCGGACAGCCGAUAUUCCCCGGAGACAGCGGGGUGGACCAGCUAGUGGAGAUCAUCAAGGUGCUGGGAACGCCAACGAGGGAACAGAUACGAGAGAUGAACCCAAACUACACAGAGUUCAAGUUCCCACAGAUCAAAGCUCAUCCAUGGACCAAGGUAUUUAAGCCGCGGACUCCUCCGGAGGCCAUCGCUCUCUGCUCCCGGCUGCUGGAGUACACGCCUGCGUCACGCCUCUCUCCGUUAGAGGCCUGCGCACACGCCUUCUUCGACGAGCUGCGCCAGCCGAACACGCGGCUGCCCAGCGGCAGAGAGCUGCCGAUGCUGUUCAACUUCAGCACCACAGAGCUCUCGAUCCAGCCUCACCUGAACUCGAUCCUCAUCCCUCCUCAUGCUCGUUCAGCUGCUUCCGUCCAUGAUGGACCCGGUUCAGAUUCGUCUCACCACAGUUCGGUACCCGGAUCCCUGAACAGCAUCUGAAGCGGCGCCGCUACGUCCGCCUGCAGGCCUCCCAGCCUCACGAUGCUCCGUCUCUGUACAGCAAACCUGUUAAAUGACUGUUAGCUCUUUAGCUGCCGGGAUGGAAACGGCAGGAGGUUGUCACACGCGCGCACACACACACACGCACACACACACACACACACACACACACACACACACACACACACACACACACGCUGGAAUGAGGAGGUUUGAUAGUGGGGGCUGGCCCUCUGAAAUAUAACAGUUUUAAUCAGCGUUUUUGUCUUUAUUUAUUUGACUUUUUGAAGCUAUCAUGUGGUCACACAUUAUUAGUAUUAUUAUUUUUAGAAAAAAAAUCUUCAGAUAAUUAUAAUUUUUUUCUUAAUUCAGUGUCUUUUUGUUUUAUUUUGUUUUUUUAAUCCCUGUCUCCAAGUGACGGAGCUCACGCUGCGUGGGUGACACCAGAGGUCCGAUCCUCGCUGAGCUUUUAACGCUAAUCAAUCCUCCAGGGUUAGUUUGGCCGGUAGGCGUCAGGAUGAAGACGCUCCUCCAUAGGACACGUUUCACGCGCUCCUUCCAGUCGCCUGGUGGUGUUUCUCGGCUCCUCGUUUUGAUUUAGUUUCUUAACUCCACAUCAGUUGGAUGAAUGGGUUCGUUUCUUGUCGUGAAGCACAAACUGAACUGAAGCUCCGCGUCGUGUUCUCUGUUUUCUAGUGUUUGCUGAACAGUACAACCAUCGAACAGAGAAACACCAGACUGUUGCUCAGACUUCCUGAAGUGACGUUUCUGUGGGUUUUCAGACCAAGAUGGUCGUUGGGGAUCUCGGCUGAUCUGACGAGCUCUCUGCAAAAGUCUCAGUUUUUAGCCAUCAACCCGUUGGACGGUUUUGCAUCUAAGCGUAGGAAGACGGAACGGAUCGCUGAAUCGUUUUCUUCAGCUGCGACGAUGGCUGCAAACAGAGUAAAAUGUAGAAAUUACCUUUUAGAACGAUGAGGGCCGCUCCACGUCUCGUUUGGUUCUGCAAAGCCGACUCCAUUUGUGAAAACUCACGUGUGUGUGUGGGCCGACCUGACGGCAGGUUGAGGAAAGGUUGAGGUGCGCACAUCAAAAAUAAAAACAGACACGGUAAAAAUAAACGAUGCUCAUUAUUAGUGACGAGGCACCAAGGUGGCAGACUUUAAAUGGCUCUGGACCACUAAAGUCUAAAGUCACAAACAGGGUUUUAAUUGAUUUGCUGUGAAGAGAAGUGAGUAGCUGCUGACAGCUAGGAUAUAUAAACUCUGUUAUAGCAUCGGUUGGAGUGUUUAUAACGGCUGUGAAGCAGGAAAUAGUUCACAUGGCUCCACUUACUCUCCAUUCAUGCUGUAGAGACCAAAACUACUCAGCGCUGCAGAGCGGAGACCCGUAGACGCCUUCAGGCGCCGUUCCUGCAUUUCUCUCCUUUAGUUUCCUGACUCAGAUCCUCAGAUGCGGGAACAGUGCCCUCCUCUGGAUGAGGGUGGUAAUUGCAGGUGACUGCCGCACUCUUCACACCGGGGAGGUCUGAUGUUAAAUGUUGCAACACCUCUGCGGUUCCCCCCCCCCCAUCCUACCCAAAGAAAGCGUUAAGCUUCGUGAUUAAAUGCGGUCUGGACUUUGUCGACCUUCGGUUUAGCGUUUUUAUUCCGAGCAGCUGGUCACCGUGACGGAAACGUAGCGGGAGCCCGAAUGUCCGACGCAGUGAAAGAUGAACUUCCCCAGUCCCAAUGUACUCAUCCUGAACACAGCAUGAAUGUUUUUAAUAGUUUUGGCUCCUUCUUUUGUAAACCAGGAUAAGUUUGUCCAUUUAUUUUAUUUUUUUUAAACCCCCAAAAUAAUUAAUUUCAGUUUUGGGAACUGAACCCUUGCCCUAAAGAGGAGUUUAUUUACAUUUUAAUAUAUUUGCUUUUAAAGGUGAGCUGCAGUCCCUUAAGUCAAGCUGGAGAGGUUUUUUUUAUGGUAAUAUUGUAGUUUUAAUGCACAUCUGACUGAAUAAAAGUCGCUUUAGCUUCGGCUUAUUAAUGUGCAGAGGAAGCGGAGCAUCGCGUGUCUGUGCGCUGUUUGUCUUUCUGUCUCCUCAAAGAAAUAAAAACUAUUAGGGAGAAGCUUAGAAGCCCGGCGAAUGUAUUCCCCUGUGUUUGUGUCUGAGGUCCGUUUUUUUUUUUUUUUUUUAGGGUUUAGGAGACGCCGGCGGUAACGACGUCACGCGGCAGAACGCCUGAAAGUUUCUAGUUUUAGUAUAUUUGAUAC